AUGGAGCACACGCACGCCCACCUCGUCGCCAACCGCUCGCUGCCCUGGUCCCCCGGCUCGGCCUGCGGCUUGGGCUUCGUGCCCGUGGUCUACUACAGUCUCCUGUUGUGCCUCGGUUUACCAGCCAAUAUCUUGACAGUGAUCAUUCUGUCUCAGCUGGUGGCUCGAAGGCAGAAGUCCUCCUACAACUAUCUCCUGGCCCUCGCCGCCGCCGACAUCUUGGUCCUCUUUUUCAUUGUGUUUGUGGACUUCCUGUUGGAGGAUUUCAUCUUGAACAUGCAGACUCCAGUCCCCAACAAGGUCAUAGAGGUGCUGGAGUUCUCCUCCAUCCACACCUCCAUUUGGAUCACUGUGCCAUUAACCAUUGACAGGUACAUCGCCGUUUGCCACCCGUUGAAAUACCACACCGUCUCCUACCCAGCCCGCACACGCAAAGUCAUUGUCAGUGUGUACGUUACCUGCUUCCUGACCAGCAUUCCCUACUACUGGUGGCCCAACAUCUGGACUGAAGACUACAUCAGUACCUCCAUGCACCACGUCCUCAUCUGGAUCCACUGUUUCACCGUGUACCUGGUGCCCUGCUCCAUCUUCUUCAUCUUGAACUCUAUCAUCGUGUACAAGCUCAGGAGGAAAAGCAAUUUUCGCCUCCGCGGCUACUCCACAGGGAAGACUACUGCCAUCCUGUUCACCAUCACCUCCAUCUUCGCCACCUUGUGGGCCCCCCGCAUCAUCAUGAUUCUCUACCACCUCUACGGGGCCCCCAUCCGGAACCCCUGGCUGGUGCACAUCGUGUCCGACGUGGCCAACAUGCUGGCCCUUCUGAACACAGCCAUCAACUUCUUCCUGUAUUGCUUCAUUAGCAAGCGAUUCCGCACCAUGGCGGCCGCCACGCUCAAGGCCUUCUUCAAGUGCCAAAAGCAGCCUGUACAGUUCUACACCAACCAUAACUUUUCCAUAACGAGUAGCCCCUGGAUCUCACCAGCGAACUCGCACUGUAUUAAGAUGCUGGUAUACCAGUAUGACAAAAAUGGAAAGCCUAUAAAAAUUUCCCCUUGA